AAGCGCCUCUGUAGGCUCCGGAAAUUUCUUCAGUUCGGCAUGUCUCAAGACGGAGUCAGCUGUCAUUGUUUAAACCGAGCCACACCAAGGAAUGCAAGAAUAAUUCAUGCGCUGAAUCCCUUAAUUUGUAAUGCUCUCUGAAUAAUAGGUGUAGCUGCUGAAUGGUAAAAUAUUCUCUGUCCGUAGACUUUGUGCUGCCUGCCAAGAUGUAUGCUUCGUUCCGUUAGCUUGUUAGCCAUAUACCUAAUGAUGUGCUUUAAAACGUUAGACGCCAGAUCUACAAUAUGCCUGAGGGCUUCGACACUCGAUUUUUUGAACUGGACGUGUUUACAUCUGAUUAUGUCAGUAUAACUAGAGGUGUCUUAUCCAGUACUAAGAGCUUUUCCACCUCUAAACGAAUCGGUAUGAGCCUGCCGGCAAUGAAUAAUUGAUUUGAAGAUAAAGUUAGCCAGAGCCUGGGGAUACUAGCGUGCAAAUCGGUUGCAUAAUAAUAUAUCCAACAGUAGUGGAGGACAAGUGGUCUUCACUUACCUGGACUUAUUUUACGCUUUGAACAAAAUACAAUGGAUUUAUUUUUGGACUUUGAAGAAUGCAUCAAAGACUCGCCUGCCUUCAGGAAGUCUUUGGGCCAGUGUGAGAGCGGUGUCGCAGAGCUGGAGAGCCGCGUGGAGAAGGUGAUGAAACUUUGCCGGAAGGUGGUGGAGACAGGGACAGCGUACAACACCUCCAAUCAGCUCUUCCUGUCCGCUCUGUCAGAGCUCUUCACCUAUCACAAACGGGAUGACAUCAUCACGAACUGCCUCAAACAGUUCAGUCAGGGUUUGCACGAGAUGAUCCAGUUUCAUACGAUGCUGUUUGAUCAGACACAGAGAGCCAUCACACAGCAACUGACCAAUUUACUCUCACAGUUCUUGCCCCAAAUUCGAGAAACGAGGAGAGAGUUUGUCCGAAUUGGAGAAGAUUUGGAGACAGCGACGGUGAAGAGCGCUCAGAUAUCCAGACAUAAAGCCACUGACGCCGAGAGCGCCAGUCACCUGUUACUGGCCACCCGAAAAUGUUACCAGCAUUUCGCUUUGGAUUACUGUUUACAGCUCAAUAACUUCAAAGCCCAGCAGGGGCUGGACGUCCUUAAUUCGGUGUUUUCGUACUUCCACGCCCAGUACACAUUCUUCCAUCAGGGUUAUGACCUGCUGAAAGACCUGGAGCCCACCAUGAAAACCAUGGCCUCUCAGCUUGCUCGCCUCUCAGUGGAGUGCACAGCCAAACGUAAAGACCUGGAGAAUACACACCUUCUGGUUCAGCAGAGAGAUGCGUCAGGAGAGCCUGUGGUUUUGUACUGUCCCACUAACAGAACGGCCAUACAGGGCUACCUCUUCAAACGCUCACGCAGAAAGAACAAAACAUGGAAAAGGUGCUGGUUCUCCACUGAAAAUAACCAACUAAUGUACACAAAAUCCCAUAAGGAGGAGUUGGUGGUGUUGUUUGAUGAUCUGAGGCUGUGUGCCGUGAGAGCUCUCGACACCAUUGAUCGACGUUUCUGUUUCGAGCUUCUCUCCGUUCAGAAGAGCUGUGCACUGCAGGCGGACUCAGAGGAGCUGAGGCAGGCGUGGCUGAGCUCCUUACAGGGCAGCAUCGACAUGGCGUACCGCGAGAAGGACGACACACAGACCGCUCAGGUGACUGAAAAAUCUACACCUGUCCAUAAUGCUGACCCGUCCCCAGACCAGACAAACCAGCGGCCCGUAGUUCUGGGUGUGGCCUUGCGUUGCCCUGGUAACCAGAGAUGCUGCGACUGUGGAGAGGAGCAGCCACGUUGGGCCAGUGUUAACCUUGGCAUCACCAUGUGCAUCGAAUGCUCUGGCAUCCACAGGAGUCUGGGGGUCCAUGUCUCUAAGGUGCGAUCUCUCACGCUGGAUUCCUGGGAGCCAGAACAGCUGAAGUUGCUGUGUGUUUUGGGGAAUGACGUAAUGAAUGGAGUUUAUGAGGACUGUGUAGUGGAGCUCGGCUCUCAGAAGCCACGAGCUGACAGCCCACGGCAGGAGAAGGAAACUUGGAUCAAAGAAAAAUAUGUCGAGAAAAAAUUUGUGAAGCGUCUGUCUGAUUCCACAGACCCAGAAACAGUAAAGCGUAAUGCAGGGCGGCGGCUGUACCAGGCUGCCCAGCGGGGGGACCUGGUCUCCAUGGCGACGGCUUUGGCCCAGGGGGCGGAGGUGAACUGGAUUGACCCAGAGGAGGAGGGCAGGACCGCCCUCAUUGGAGCAGCCAUUGGGGGAUCGCUAUUGGCCUGUGAGUUUCUGCUGCAGAACGGAGCGAAUGUGAACCAGAGGGACCAGAGAGGUCAAGGAGCACUGCACGCUGCUGCGACCCAGGGUCACACCGGGCAGGUGUGUCUCCUCUUAAAAAGAGGAGCCAAUCAGUAUGCCGUAGAUGAGAAAGGAAAUGACCCGCUCAGUAUCGCUAUGGAGAUGGCCCAGGCAGACAUUGUGACCCUGUUGCGGAUGGCCCGGAUGAAUGAAGAGAUGAAGGACUCUGAAGGAUUCUUUGGAUCUGUAGGUGACGACGAAACCUUCCAGGAGAUUUUUCGGGAUUUCAGCGACAUGGCGUCUCAUACCCCAGAGAGACUGACACGCCGACAGUUCAGCAAAACCUCACAGGAUGACGGAGAGAUAAACAGAGGGAUGAAUGAAGGGCAGGAGAAAACAGAGGAAUGAAUGAUGGGUAGAUCAAAACAGAGGAAUGAAUGAUGGGUAGAUCAAAACGGAGGGAUGAGUGAAGGACAGGUCAAAACGGAGAGAAACUCUUAAAGGGAAGAGAAAUGACAGCAGAUGUGCAGUUGACCUUCGUUCAGUCAGAGGUCAAAGACAAGGUGAAGAAGACAAAGGUCAUAUAUUUCAACGUAGACAUUUAUAGCCUCAAAAAAUGGGAAAACGUAAGUGUUAUAACUAUUUAAAACCAUUAAGAAAAUGUCCAAUAUACUCAUUGGAUUCUAACCACUGAAAUAUUGCUGUAUGAUGUAUGUCACUCUUAAAGACUAUUUUUAAUGUAUGUGUGUGUGUGUGUUUGUGUGUGUGUGUGUAAUUAUACUGUAUAUCACAGGCCUAGUCAGUGUAUUGGAGUUCUAAAUGUCACUGGGUUGUUGGCUUGUUUUAGACAAAACUAUUAACACUGCACAGUAAAACUGAUUUAGUCUGGUCAUUCCAACACGACAGUCAGAUGUUGGAGAGGUGAAAGGACCAAGGACAAUACAGGUUUUUUCUGUUUGUUUGUCUUUUCUUCAUUCCAUGAGGUCCUGAAUUCCAUGUCAGAUAUGCUAUUA